AGGUUAACUCACUAAAUUAGGCUAGAUUGCUGCAAUAAUUGACUUCGGUUGCACUGUACGCACACAUUUCGCAGGUCAAUGUUCGCGGCCAUCAGUGAAUCGGUGCGGGAUUAACAGCGUCUGGAAGACAUGACAAAAUGAGUCUCGUGUCUUUCAGUGUACAGUUGGUUCCUUGGCUGGUUAGAGGCUCGCGUUGCAUGUAUUCACAGUUGGCUAUGGCGAAACCAUGCAUAUUAGCCACCAAGUUGGGUGCACCAGGAGGAAUAUACCAGUGUUAUGCACCUUGCAUUGAGAAGCACUUCACGAUAAUUCCCCAAGAGGAAUUUGUUCAGAAGAGAAACAGCCUCGCUGACAACAUCCAAGCAGUGUUUGUGUGGGGAGGUGCUCUGAAAGUUGACAGUGAUCUCUUACAAUCACUGCCCAAUCUCAAGGUGGUAGUGAAUGGUGGAGUAGGUGUUGACCAUUUGGACGUGCCACUGAUCAACAGCUUUGGGGUAAAAGUUUGCAACACCCCUGACGUUGUAGACAAUGCCACCGCAGAUAUUGGUAUGGGAUUGAUGCUGGCAUCUGCAAGAAAAAUUCUGGAGGGCCAUAACUUUACAGUUUCCCAUGACACAGAGGAUUUGCCGGAAAGUUCAAUGGGCACAGAUGUUAGUGGUGCCACACUGGGAAUCAUCGGAAUGGGUCGAAUUGGAUAUAAGGUGGCCAAAAGAGCCUCUGCAUUUGAUAUGAAACUCCUGUAUCACAAUAGAAAACAGAGGCCAGAGCAAGAGGAGCGGGCAGUAGGGGCCACAUACUGUGCCAAGAUGGAGGACCUCCUGAGGAGUGCGGACUUUGUCAUGGUGGUGGUGAAUUUGUCCCCGCAGACACACAAGCUGAUCGGAGCGAAAGAGUUGGCCAUGAUGAAGCCCACAGCCACCCUGGUCAACAUCAGCCGAGGAUUGGUUGUUGACCAGGAUGCGCUCGUGGAUGCCCUGCAGAAAAAAGCUAUCGCUGCUGCUGCUCUUGAUGUCACAUACCCAGAGCCACUACCCAGAGGCCACCCGCUUCUCUCCUUCCCCAAUGUGAUUGUGCUGCCUCACAUUGGUACUCACACCCGGGAGACGUCGGGGGUUAUGGUGGAGAGGAUGGUUACAAACGCUCUAGCGGCUCUCAGUGGUGGCGCACCUCCAGAUGAAGUGAAAGUGUAGGACUGUAAGCUGUUAGCUAAACAGACACUGGAAUUGAAUGUGCACAAGCACAUUUUGACCACCAUCCACCGGAUGCGUUAAUAUUCCUCCAAAUCAUGGUUCUCUCUAGAUUCAUCCACUUGUAGUCUUGAUUUAUCUUGUAGGCUUAACCUAUUCUUUCGAGAGAGUCAAAGUGAUAAUGUAUGAUUAUGUAAGUCCCAACAAUUCUGCAAUGAAAUGUGUUAUUAUUUUCAUAUUCUGAUGAAAAAGCACAAUAUAUGCCUUUCUCUUGAAAACACCACUAAUAUAUGUAUACUACACGUUUAUAAGUAUAAUAGUAGGCUUCUUAAUUCACAUUUUGCAAUAAAAAUCUAAAUA